AGAAAAGAACUUUGGAAACCCAGAAUCCAAGUGUAAUUCCUAUCUGUCCUCAUAACCAAAGUAAAGAAUAACAGAAAUUCAAUAUCAAUUUGCCCCUAUAAAUUUAACACUUUAAAGUUAAAAGUAUUCAGUCCUUGUAUUGGAGACUGGAAACAUAUCCUCUCAUCUCAUUCAUUUCUCUCUCUCCCCCUUCUCUACCAAAUUUUCCUUCUUUUUCUUUUCAAAAAACCUUUUAAAUUUGUAAGCAUGAUUUCAUCACUACCCAGUAUUUAUAUCUCCAUACCCACAUGGCCAGAACUUUAAGGAAAAAAAAAAAGAAAAAAAAGAAAAACAUAAACCCAACCCAAUAGUGUGUAUAUUUUAUUCAACUCAUGCAUAGAAGUUCCGAGCUUGUCAGGACAUAAAAACCAAGGCAGUAGAGAGUGUUAGAAGGUGGAAUAAGAGAAUAGAGAAGAAGAAGCAGUUAUUAUUAUUAUUAUUAUUAUUUCUGGGGUUCAAGAGCUUUGGAAAUGGUGAGAGAUUGAAUGAUAUAUUUAUAAAUAUAUAUAUUUUUGGGUUGUGAGUUUUCUUAGAAUGGUGAUUUUCUGUUGGAUGGAUACAAAAAAUAGGAAUAAAUUGUGUUGCUGUUUUGAUCAUAGAAGAAGAAGAAGACAACAAGAACAACUACACCAAUGUACACAAAAACAAACAUAUACUACAGUUUUGGCAGAAGAAACAAGUACACCAAGAAAUUUCUCAAACAUGGCUUCUACUUGGUGGUGUAGUCAGAUCUCACCAAUCAUUUCAUUUUUUGUAUGCUUUCUUCUUGUUCUUUCCUUAAUUUGUCCUGUUUAUUCGUCGGCCACCGGUGAUAAUCUCCCAAAAAACCAAACUUUCCGGCCACAAGAAGAGUUGCACAAGUUAAAGAUUAUUAAAGAACGUCUCAAGAAGAUCAACAAGCCUCCUGUCAAGACAAUUCAGAGUCCUGAUGGAGAUCUUAUAGACUGUGUUUUGUCUCAUCAGCAACCAGCUUUUGAUCAUCCAAAAUUAAAAGGACAGAAACCAUUGGAGGCACCAGAAAGACCAAAAGGGCAUAAUCCAAAAGGAAUGGUAUCUGAAGAUUUUCAGUUAUGGAGUAUUUCUGGUGAGACAUGUCCUGAAGGGACAGUUCCAAUCAGGAGAACAAAAGAAGAAGAUAUGUUAAGAGCCAGUUCUGUUAGAAGAUUUGGAAGGAAAUUAAGAAGACAUGUUCGAAGAGAUACUAACAGCAAUGGCCAUGAGCAUGCAGUUGGGUAUGUGAGUGGAGAUCAGUAUUAUGGAGCAAAAGCAAGUAUAAAUGUGUGGGCACCAAGGGUUUCUAAUCAAUAUGAAUUCAGCUUAUCACAAAUGUGGGUCAUUUCUGGUUCAUUUGGUGAUGAUCUCAACACCAUUGAAGCUGGUUGGCAGGUUAGCCCAGAACUAUAUGGGGACAACUAUCCCAGGUUCUUUACAUAUUGGACAACUGAUGCUUAUCAAGCAACAGGGUGCUACAAUUUACUAUGCUCAGGAUUUGUCCAAACCAACAAUAGAAUUGCAAUUGGAGCUGCCAUUUCUCCAACAUCUUCAUACAGUGGAGGACAAUUUGAUAUCAGCUUAUUAGUUUGGAAGGAUCCAAAGCAUGGAAAUUGGUGGCUAGAAUUUGGAAAUGGAGUUCUAGUUGGAUAUUGGCCAUCAUUUUUGUUCACUCACUUGAGGGAUCAUGCAAGUAUGGUACAAUUUGGUGGAGAAGUUGUUAAUUCAAGGCCAUCAGGAUUUCACACUUCUACACAAAUGGGAAGUGGACAUUUUGCAGGAGAGGGUUUUGGAAAAGCAUCAUAUUUCAGAAAUUUACAAGUUGUUGAUUGGGAUAAUAACUUAAUUCCCUUAUCAAAUCUAAGAGUAUUGGCUGAUCAUCCAAAUUGCUACGAUAUACAAGGAGGAAUUAACAGAGUCUGGGGUAAUUAUUUUUACUAUGGAGGUCCAGGAAGAAAUGUCAGAUGUCCCUAAGGGAAUGGUAUAUAGGGUGGGGUUAUUUUUUAUUUUUCUUUUUUUGGGGGGGUUAUUUUUCUUGUUGGGUGAUAUGGGUUUCUUCUCAAAAUCAUUGGUGAGUUUGGGUUAUUCUUAUAUUUAUUACCUUGUUAAUCCAUUUUUUCUUAUCUUUUUUGUAAUUUUUUUUACCUCUCAACUAACAAGUGAUAAUUAAUUAUACCAGUACCUCCUUAGGGACUAUGUAAAUGUGGAGAAAAAAGAAAAUACUAAGUGAAUACACUACGGCUUGUGAUUUUUCUUUC